AAACUGGAUUUAACCACGUCGGCUGGCUGCCUGUUUACAUGUAAUAGGUCAAGCCUGUGAAUACUACAGUGAGCUACAGAACAGAGCUAUGGACACACCAAACAAUCCUAAGGCGAUAACCAGCACAAUGGCCGACCAGGUCCAUUUUAACGUUGGCGGGACGAGAUUCUCUACAACCUGGGCCACUCUUCAAAGAAUCCCUAAUUCCAAACUUGGCCGACUACAGGAAAGUGGCAAGGAGAUGCAACAGGAACACGGGGAAUUCUUCUUUGACAGGAACCCUGCUGUAUUUGGCUGCGUGUUAGAUUUCUACAGAAAUGGUGUCCUGCAUCUGCCGGAAACAGUUUGUGGACGACAGAUUCGAGAGGAAUUAGGAUUCUGGGAUAUAUCAGCUGGCCUCGUUUCCAGUUGUUGUUGGCGGGUUCUGUACAAGGAUGAUGGAGUUGACAAGACAAUGGCGUUUCUAGACAUGGAGCUGCCCGUCUUUCCUAACAGUAUGCAACUAUUUCAGAAGGCUGAGAAGAUGUCUUCCACGAUCUGGAACCUCCUGGAAUACCCAUCAUCAUCAGUGAUGGCUAAGGGGUACAUGCUGUUCUACUUCGUUUGUGUCCUGAUGUCAGUAAUCCCUGACAUGGUGGAUAUUGGAUUCUUACACAUCCUCAAUCUUGCCAAUUUGGUGUUUCUUCUGGACAUCCUGAUCCGCUUCGUCAUGUCGCCAAACAAAGUACGAUUCAUCUUCAGCGUCAUCAACAUUCUGGACAUCCUCGCUCUCAUGGCUUGCGUCGCAACACUUAUAGUAAGCAUUGUGGAAUUGAUAUUCCCCAAUAUUCAUCUCUCCGUCCAGGCACUCGGGGUAGUUCAGAUGUUUAAGUAUGUCCGGUUCUAUCGCGUGAUGAAGGCUAACCGCGCCCUCGCUUUACUCCUCCUUGCGGUGUAUAAGAGUAAGCGGGCGUUGUUGCUAUAUGUAUCGAUAAUGAUCGUAAAUUGUGUCUUUUUCGGAAUCCUUGCUUUCGGGUUUGACAGCACAUCUGAGUACACCUCCUUAAACGAUGUUCCGUCGUCCAUUUACUGGGCAUUGGUUACCAUGACAACCAUUGGCUAUGGAGACAUUUGCCCUAUUACGAUAGCUGGUAAGGUUAUUGCUGUCCUCUGUGGAAUGAGUGGACUGGUCCUACUUCCACUUCCCAUUUCAGCCGUUUAUCAAACAUUUAGCACGCUCUACUCACGUAACCGAGACCGCGAACGACACGUGACCGAUCUUCAUCCGAAUCAGUUGGCUGCAGUUCCCUUUCACCAACCAACAAAAGUUAUUUGAUUUGACCAAACAAAAGAGGAAGUUUGGUGUAUGCAACGGAAGAGAUGAGAUGAUGUGUCUGUCUCUAAGAAUUUGUACAAUUUUAUAUGAUACCUAACCGUAUAGCUUGCUAUUUUCACGGGUCUAUAUUUUCGCCAUUUUUACUUAGAUUUACACAAAUUUAAUUUCCGCGAUCCAGCUUACCUGUAUGCGUCAAUUAUGUUCGGUUUCCUCUUAUUUUAAUAUGUAAUCUUCUUUGUCUUACAUUAAAAUUUAACAAGUCAAUUUACAAACAAUGCUUUCUUAACAAUCAUUCUUGACUAUAUACCAAAAGUUAAGAGAUAUAAUUCAAUAUGAACAUGCUUGCUAGUGACGAUGCUGAUAUAGUCAUUGAUAUCGCGGAUAAUAUUUGCGCUUGUCAUAUUAUCACACGGAUAAAAUUUUCGCGAUCACGUUUAUGGCCCGCGAAUUAGCGAAAAUAUCAUUCCCGCGGAAAUAGCCGGCUAUACGGUAGUAGUUAUUUUUCCUGUGCCUUUCUAGAAUACAUCAAAAAUAUUCUUCUGUAGUUCAAUGCCCGAGAAAGAAUAUCUUUAUUUGUGUAGAAAUGCCAUGUAGAGAAUAACUAUUUAUGUAUAUUUUUGGCCAGAUUACGAGUAAAUAUUAUAUUUGUGAUAUAACAAGUAUUCCAAAGUAUAAUAAAACAUACUUGGUUGACAGAUUUAUUAUAUUUCGCGUCUUUAAUGACAAUGACAAUAUUUUAUUCUCAUAAACAUAUAAACGAAUGCACCAAACGAAUUCUAUCAGCCUUAAUGACGAUUAGUGUGGCCGUGGCGUAUAUCUCUAUCAACUUUUUUCCCAUCACUACGCUUGUUUCACAACUAAUAUGGCACGUGAUAAAAUUGGUAACGGUGUGUUAUUAUAUUUACACAUUUGUAGGUAAAGAAGUUGUUUAUCAUGUUUAUCGAACUCGUUAGUUAAUUUUCAGAUUUAAAAGACACCAGUUAAAGCUUGAAAAUUACCUAAGUCGAGUUCGAUAAACAUGAUAAAUAACUGUCACUUGUUGGGGAACCUCUAUAUACAUGUAUCUCCACCACAACAGUUUAGCGACCUCGAUAUACAUUGUGUUUUACUUUGUUGUUGACGUCGCCGUUUUUUAUUAUUUAUCUGUCUAUGUAAUGUUCCAAUAUGUUUGGUAAAAUGCCGGUCCCAUUAAUCACUUACCAUUAGAUUGUUCUUCAGUUCCCUCAGAAAGUCCACGGAUGUAUAUAACGGGUCUUAAAUACAUUCUCACGAUUCCCCAAGGUAGGUCCAUAGAGGUCUGUAAUCCAUUUCCACGAGUCCCCAAGGAAGGUCCAUAGAGGUCUGUAAUCCAUUUCCACGAGUCCCCAAGGAAGGUCCAUAGAGGUCUAUAAUUGGUAAAAAUAUAAAACAUGAAAAGUUGUUAGGAGUAUCAGUUGAUGAUUGUAUGUCCUGGGAUUACCAGUUCUCAAUUGUAUGUAGAGAAAUCAAAUUUUUCAAAUGAAAAAGAUAAAACCAUUUUUAAGCCAGACUUCCUGUAUUACGUUUUUAACUGUUUUAUCAAUCCUCACAUUGACUACUGUGCUACUGUCUGGGGCAACAGUACAAAAAAGAAUAUUGUUAAGUUGGAGCGCCUUCAGAAGAGAGCAGCCAGAAUUAUUUUAAAUUGUGACUUUUUAACUCCAUCUAAUGACAUGUUUAAAAUACUAAGAUGGCUGCCUUUUUAGCAAAAGGAUUUUAUAUAGUCAGUCUGUUUUUAUGUACAACAUACUUAACGAUCUAGCUCCACAAAAUUUAAAUUGUUUUACUAGCAUAUCUGAUGUCCAUUGUAGGUCUACCAGAUUCUCAAACACAAAUUUUUUUUACUUACCAUCUCACAAUACAAAUACUUUCAAAAGUCUUUUAAAUAUCAAGGAGCUCAUACAUGGAAUCUUUUACCAAGUAAUGUGAGAAACUGUUCAACACUUUUAUCUUUUAAGAAAGCAGCAAAUAACUUUUUUAUGGAGUAAUCUGUAAUCUUGCCGUAGUUGUACUUUUAUCCUUUACAUUAAAUGACGGCUCCAAAAUUAUGUUAAAUCAUAUGUUAUAGUAUUAUUCUUUUAUAUGUUGUAAAUAUUGUAUAUUCUAUUACUUAUCUUAACCAUGUGUAAGACGAGCUUUUAAGCUCAACAUGUUAUCAAGUAUAAAUAAAGACCAUUAUUAUUAUUAUAUUGCACAGCAUAACACCCGAUACUUGAUUCAGUUUUAAUUUGACUUUUUGCUGUAUCCACGUCUUCAAUUGAGUAGCUCUAUCCUCUCUAACCCCUUCGCUCUUCCUUAUCGACAUCCCGUAAGAACAAUUAAGUUUCCUUUCCCAGACGCGAUUGGUCUGUCCAUGCCGUCUACGAGAGUCCCCCUUUCGUGUUCAUGGUGUACUCUACUCCUUCUACUUAUCCCCUCUUUUCUCUAUCCAGAUGAGUUAUCUUCAUCCCUGUACGAAAGAGCUCUCACGUUUACCACCUCAGCGACCUCCCUUAAGGUUUUCCGUUCUACUUCAAUUGGAGUUCCUCUUUCUCCGCCCAAAGUUGUCUUUCCACUCGAUCUACGGGAGUUCCUCUUUCCCCGCCCAAAGUUGUCUUUCCACUCGAUCUACGGGAGUUCCUCUUUCCCCGCCCAAAGUUGUCUUUCCACUCGAUCUACGGGAGUUCCUCUUUCCCCGCCCAAAGUUGUCUUUCCACUCGAUCUACGGGAGUUCCUCUUUCCCCGCCCAAAGUUGUCUUUCCAUUCGAUCUACGGGAGUUCCUCUUUCCCCGCCCAAAGUUGUCUUUCCACUCGGUCUACGGGAGUUCCUCUUUCCCCACCCUAAGUUGUCUUUCCACUCGGUCCACGGGAGUUCCUCUUUCCCCGUUUAUAGCUGGUCUAUCCGCUCUGUCUAUGGGAGUUCCCCUUUGCUGUCCAUGGUGUCCUCCACUCCGUCUACGACAGUUCCCAUUCUCCAUCCAGAGGAGUUUCCUUAUCCACAAAGAGUGGAGUUCUCACUUUUUAUCUCCUCAGCGACCUCCCAUAAGGGUUUCCGUUCUACUUCAAUUGGAGUUCCUCUUUCCCCACCCAAAGUUGUCUUUCCACUCGGACUACAGGAGUUCCUCUUUCCCCGCCCAAAGUUGUCUUUCCACUUGAUCUACGGGAGUUCCUCUUUCCCCGCCCAAAGUUGUCUUUCCACUCGGUCCACGGGAGUUCCUCUUUCCCCGUUUAUAGCUGGUCUACCUACUCUGUCUGUGGGAGUUUCCCAUUGCUGUCCAUGGUGUCUUCCACUCCGUCUACGCCAGUUUCCCUUCACCAUCUACAAGGGAAGUUUCCUUGUCCAGGAGGAGUGCAGCUCUCGCCUCCAUCUCAUUAGCAACCCCUCGUAAGGGAUACUGUUCUCUCUAAAGUGAUGUUCACUUACAGGGUACACAAAAUAUACUAAACGUCAUCUUAUUGGACAUGUGAUACACGUUACUGAACGUACCGGGUAAUUGAUCACUUAUUUGUAAAUACCAACUAAUCUAUUCACUUUACUGGUAUCAAUGUGUAUCUUAUUUUAUAAUUUGUAUUUCGCGCCUCUUUUGUAUGUGCGUUUGUAUAUGCCUAUGUUAAUAAAUAUAAUAAUAAAUAUUGUGGUUUAAA